GGGGGCAACUUCGGGCUGCGAUAAAGGGGACUCUGGAUAACGCCAGGACGCCAGGACUCACGAAGGAGCGUCCUGGCGUUGCGCUAGGUCAGAAUCGGUCCAAUGCGAAACGGGCUUGGCGCGACAGGUUCAGUGCUCGGGCAACUUCCUAGCGCGUCGGUUCAGUUCACUUCCCAAAUUCCCUGAACAAAAAAAACUCUGAAUUCAAACUCUGAGUGCCGAGUGCUCGGUUGCCGACAGCCGUUAUCCUUGCUGGCCUCAACCAGGAUUCUUUUUGCGAGAAUUCCAAGUGAUCCGAACGAAAUCUUAAACCGAAAAAGUGCCACCAAAUUACUCAAUCUCGAAAAUCACAAAAAAUAUAUUCAGAAGCUAGCUAGUCACUGUCUUGUUUUUGAUUUGAAAAGUGCUCUUUCGAAAGUAGCCCACGUCGUUUUUGAAUUUUUUUCAAGUGUUGGCCAGUGUUUCGGACCACAAAGUCGACUUUUGUGUUGUUUUUGAAAUAUAUUUGAAAAAAAAGCAGAAGCCCUCUAGAGACAGUCUCCCGAUCUCAAGUCAUGCUCAAGGACACUAGGACUGGUGACUUAUGAUGAACAGAAUCCUUGUGCAGGAGAGCGGCGAGCGGAUCGCCGACAUCGGCCGAUAUAUAUCGAUGAACGAUAAACGAAAGCUUAAUCAGAGCCACAAGCUGGCGGCGUCUCUAUACGAAACAGGAUCUGGAUCAGGAACAGGAACAGGAACAGGACCUGCCUUCCGAUGGCAACUAUUAUUGCUCCUGCUUCUGUGCAACUGCAUUGAUCUUACCGUUUCAAACAAAAUCUCCCCAGUGGGCGCCUUCGAGCCGGACUUUGUGAUUCCAUUGGAGAACGUGACCAUAGCCCAGGGUCGGGACGCGACCUUUACGUGUGUGGUAAACAACCUAGGGGGUCAUCGGGUGAGUGGUGACGGUGCGUCAGCCCCAGCCAAGGUCGCCUGGAUUAAGGCCGAUGCCAAGGCAAUUCUGGCCAUACACGAGCACGUGAUAACCAACAAUGAUCGAUUAUCGGUGACGCACAACGACUACAACACAUGGACCCUCAACAUACGCAGCGUCAAAAUGGAGGAUUCCGGCAAAUACAUGUGUCAGGUCAACACGGAUCCCAUGAAGAUGCAGACAGCCACCUUGGAGGUGGUCAUCCCACCGGAUAUAAUCAACGAAGAGACCUCCGGGGACAUGAUGGUGCCGGAGGGCGGCUCCGCCAAGCUGGUGUGCCGGGCGCGAGGUCAUCCCAAGCCGAAGAUCACCUGGCGGCGGGAGGACGGCCGGGAGAUUAUAGCCCGCAACGGCGUCCAUCAGAAAACAAAAGCCCAAGCCGUGGAGGGGGAAAUGCUGACGCUGUCAAAGGUCACGCGAUCGGAAAUGGGCGCCUACAUGUGCAUCGCCUCGAACGGAGUGCCGCCCACGGUGAGCAAGCGGAUGAAGCUACAGGUGCACUUUCAUCCGCUCGUCCAAGUGCCAAAUCAAUUGGUCGGCGCCCCAGUCCUCACGGAUGUCACAUUAAUUUGCAAUGUCGAGGCAUCGCCGAAGGCCAUCAAUUAUUGGCAGCGCGAAAAUGGUGAAAUGAUUAUUGCCGGCGAUCGUUACGCUCUCACCGAGAAGGAGAACAACAUGUACGCCAUAGAGAUGAUACUGCACAUCAAGCGGCUGCAGUCGAGCGACUUUGGGGGCUACAAGUGCAUCUCCAAGAACAGUAUCGGCGACACCGAGGGCACCAUCCGGCUGUACGAAAUGGAGCGACCAGGAAAGAAACAUUCCCGCUUAGACGAAGAUGCCAACGAAGUCACGAAGCACGAAGUCGUGAUGAAGGACAACCGGCACGAGGACGGGUCUCGCAACACCAACGGAAGGCUGUACAAGGACCGCAACCAGGAGCAGGACCUGCCCAAUAGCGGCGAUUUCGGGCCCAGGACCCAGUUCCAGGGGACAAUGCGGCUAAUUGGGACAUUUGUAUUAGCCGUAUUGGUGUUAUUAACGGCGACGGCGGAAGGCCAAACAACAAUGAUGUCCUGCGAGGGCAGUCCUAAGGCGGGGCCGGCCCAAAGAAAUCCGGGCAGAAAGGUAACGGCGGCAACGGCGGCAAGGACACUGGAGGUGGACGCCGCAAGGACCUGGCAGAGAUCAACGAGUUGGCAGCAGCGGGCGGGAGUGGCGGAGUAAGAUUAUUAUAGCUUAAUUCAAUUGUAAUUAAACAAACAAGAUUAUGAUGCAAUGGAGAAGUGCCCCCCGGUCCCUGGUCCCUGCGCCCGCUCCUGCUCCUGUCCCGGAAGCUCCGAACAUUAAUCAAAGGGAGGAUGAUAAAGCUAAUCAUCAGGCGCCCCAACCUCCGGGCAGGACGAAAGGACUCGGGGCUUAAUUGAAUGCAUAUUAAAUCAAAAAGGAUGCUGAGACCUAAAGUGUCGUAGUUAAAUGGAAAAGAAAACGCGUUUAAAUGUUACCUCGUUAGUGGAAAAAAAGAAUAAAAUUAAAUAUAAAGUUUAAAAAUGAAAAGAAAUAAGAAAAUCAACUAUAAACAUAAUCGAGAAUAAAUGGUGUUCGGUUCUUUGAAUGGCUUUAGCUCUAAAGUAAUGGAAGUAUGACUACUGAAUGAAAUAUAUAUAUAAUUGCGAUAAAGAUAUCAAAAAAACACAAUUCUAGUUGUCUAAAAAUUAAGAUAAACUGUUGUAUUUAUUUUUGUUUUUUUUUUUAAUGUUGAACUUCUCCAAUUUGUUUCGAUUCUUACCAUUUUUUUGUGGCUAGGAUAAAGUUUAUAUAUGUAUAUCCAUUUAUAUAUGUAUUUAUAAAUAUAUAGAUCUAUGUAUUAAGUGUUUAAUCGCGAGUUCUGUAUAUAUGUAAGACACCUUCUCAUAGAGCAGGUGUGUCUCGUUUUUUUUUCGGCGAAAUUAAAAUUGAAAUUGAAAUUGAAAUAUUUAGACGAUCUUUGUAAAGCCCAAACUGUAAAUAUUUGCACCCUUAGUGAUUCGUAACUAUUAGUUUCUUUGUUAGAUUCUAUUUGUUUAAGGCCCAUUGUUGUACCCUUCACUCAUUGCUCUACUCUACAAAAAAAAUAAAUAAAAAUAAAGACUUAAGCGCAGGUACUACUUAAAAAUAUGUCCAAAAUUAUGCCACUAUUUUUCAAAAUUUCUAACAUUCCUCAGCAUAACUUUAGACAUUUCUCCACAAAAAUUCCAGGUGGCAUUUUUAUUUGUGGCAUAUUUUAGGUCUACUCCCUAGACUCUAGGUGUUUUGCGUUUCAAAAUAAAUCAUAUUAUAGCCCAGAUAAAAAAAAAUACAGUCAGAUGUAUGUACUACUCAACUCAUGUGUGUUCCGCUCAAUUCUAUGUUUAAAUAUAUUGUAAAUCAGACAUAAAAAACGCAGCUAAAAAACGAAUAAAAACAGGAAAUAAAUAAAUGUGCCAAAAGCAUUAAAAGCAUAUACACACAAAAAAUAUAUCUAAAAAAAAUGGAAUAAAAAAUACGGGAAAAUGUGAGUGCAUAUCCGAAAAAUACAGUAAUAUCCACAUAUCCAGCUCCGCAUCCCAAAAAAAAUAAAAUCCUUUAAAGCGACUAUUCAGAUGUACUCUGACUUCAUAUACGUACCGAAAACAAAAACAAAAAACAAAAAAAAUAAAUAUUAAAAGAAUAUUAAAAGAAUAUGAAUUAUAUUAUAUGUGCAGGCACCCAAAGGGGAUUGAAAGAAGGCAAAAAAAAAAACAUUUUAAGUAAUAAUAUUUGUCGGAAAAA